AUGCCUAACGUCGACGUCGCCAUGGCGAGGAGCCUGAGAGGAGGCUGGUGGGGUUCGAUCACGGCAGGUAUCGCCGAGAACCUGCAGCAGCGCCAGGUCACAGACGCCGUCAACAAUGUCGGGAACACGGUCAACGACGUCACCAACACCGUCACGGACAUCAGGACAGCCCUCUCCAGUUGGGACAACUGCAUGUCUGUCAGCUGGUGCAAGUGGCCUGUCAUUACCGUCAUCAUUGUGGGAGGCCUGAUUAUCUUUUCGAUCGUGUGGUGCGUCAUCCGAUGCAUGUGCUGCGGUCUCUCUUGCUGCUGCACAUGCUUCUCGUGCCUCAAGUGCUGUGGCAACUGCUGCGGCUGCUGCGAUGCGCCGGGCGACAAGAAACACAAGUAUCUCGACGAGUCAUACGGCGCGCAUGCCCUACCCCCGGGCCAAGGCUACAAGUCACAGCCCGCCAUGUUCGCCUCGGCCAUCCCCGUGUCAAACCCCGAAAUGACGCCCUCCCAUGGCGUCACCACUGCCUCGCCGCCGCAGUAUGCCGAGUUUGACGUGUCGAAAAAGAGACUGUCCGACGCUCUCCCCGCAAUGCCCACGUGGGAGAGUGCCGGGUCCAAGCGGAUCUCGCUGGAGCAGGAAGCCGUUGAGAUGGACACGAUGAAGAAGCCAGUCGCCGCGCAGAGCAUGAACAACUUGCAGAGUAACCCUACCAUCCCCCUCAUGGCCACGGGCGCCAUGAGCCCGCACCUGCCCUCGCCCAACACGCCGUACGGACAGGCACAGGGCGGAUUCGGAGGCCAGGCCGUCUCCUGCACUGCCGGCGUCCGCCGCUCCCCUGGGCCCCAGUCCGACAGCGGCUACGCCCGCCCGCAGUAUUCCCAGGACAGGCAGUACUCGGAUGCGAGCCGGCCGCUCGCCGGCCCUUCGUCACCCGCGCACCAGCAAGGCUUCGACUUUGGCGGCAGCGGCGGCGGCUACGGUGGCCGGCCCCAGCAGCAGCAGCAGCAGAGCUACGGCUACGACGACGACCAGCACCACCAGCAGCAGCAUGACCAGCGGCCGCCCAAGAGCAGCGGCUCCGAGAUUGCCUACCCGGGCUUCAGGGCGUACCAGCCCGCGCAGCAGGGAUGGAGCGGCGUGUAA